AUGUCCAACACUGUAGGUACAACACUAACAACAAAAGAAGAAGAAGCAAAAACAACUACAACUACAUCAAAUGGUUUCCAUGCAAAAAAAUUUGAAGGUGAUGGACUUCCAUUUAAAGCUAAACUUAUUGGUAUGGAAGAUUUAUCAAUUGAUCGUGAUGAAAAAAUUUGUCUUGAUUCAAUGUUUAAAUUAAAAGCUGUUGUACGGGCUCGUGGUGAACAUAAACAAAGAAUUGAAUUGAAUAUAACCAUGAGUGCUUUAAAAGUUAUUGAUGAUGCCACUAAAGCACAAAUAGCUAUUCAUGAAAUUGAACGAAUAUCAUUCGUUGUUAUUGAUCCACGUGAUACACAUGCAUUUGGAUAUAUUUACAAUACAUCCGAUGAUCGUCAUCAAUUUUGGGCUAUUAGAACUGAACGAGCAGCUGCUGUAGCUGUAUUGGCGCUAAAAGAACUUUUUGAAUUGGCUUUUGAACAAUAUAAAAAUGCUGAAAAAGCUGAAGUGCUUAAUGAAUCAACAGUAACAUCAUCACAAUCGGAUGUGAGUGUGAACGGGAGUCCAUUGAAAGAUUUAUUCGGUGAGCUUUCAACAGUCACAACAAUAACCACGACAACAACACAAGACUUAUUUUCUUCUCCAUCAUCAUCAAAUAAAAACAAACAACAAAUACAAACGGAAAAGCAGGUUAGUAUAAAUUAA